AUGUCAUCGUUGUUCAUCACAUCUGCUAUAAGGGAUCUUAUCCCAACCCAUCCAGAACCAUACCCGGGAGAACUAGUCAAUUUUGCACAUUCCUUAUACACAGCUUCCAAAAUGAACGUCCCCCUCUCUGGGUCCGAUGAAAUAGCCCGGUAUCAUCUGGCAUGUUAUACAGUCGUUGAAUAUUUCAAAGAUUCUUAUUCUUUACCUGACCCUUUUCUUACUAAGAUCCCUAUUCCUAGCAAAAGAUUCAACCAACUACUAUUUGCCUUUAAAACCACAAUGACUACUAUAACACAGAAUACUCCCAAGGCUAAAAGAAUAGUAGAUGUACAAUUACAAACACCUUCCACAACCCCUUUCUCUUCCAAGUCCACCGAAUCUUACAUCGAUAAAAUCAGACAGUCAAAGUUAAAGCAACAAGACCUCCAACAACAGCAAGUAAAUAGAUCAUUGACUAACCAACUAUUGGAGGUCGCUGCUACGCCUCCUUCUACGCCUCAAAAAGCACCUAGGUCAAAACGUACACAAUUAUCACCUUCCAAACUUUCUCCAUAUAAGGCCCGUGCUAAAUUAGUGAUAACAACACCAAUCUUGGUUUCAUUUUGCAACAAAUUCUAUAUUCCAGAGCAUAUCACCAUGCACAUCCUCCAAACUUUUAAACUAUAUAAACAUGUCGUUCCAAAUGGUUGGGGGUUAUUAGUUGGGCUUGUUGGUAUCUCAUACAUGAAGUUAAACAAACAACGAAUUUCCAAAAAGUUGAAUCUGAAGACAAAGUUAUUCAAGUUAUUGCAUGUAACUCAACAGGGUGGAUUAUCAUAUGACGAAUGUAAGCAAUAUAUCAGAGAAGUCACACGCAUGAUAUGCACUCAAAAAUGGAUCAAGGAAGCCAAAUAUGACUUUGAUACAGAUACGGAGACCGAGUCUCUAAUGAAAGGCAUUGCUGCGUCUGAUUCCGUAAUGUCUUCACUGGGAUCUUUUCUUGAUUCUUCUGUUCUCUAUGUGACAAUGAAAGACUCUCCAAAAGUCCAAAAAUGGGUCAAAAGCAUCAGAAGAACAACACCAUCAACACCUGCCAGAUCUCCUGCUCCGGCUACAAUAUAA